AUGGAUGCGUUUGUUGCUCUGGCCGCCAAUGCGACGGCGUCGCCUCUGGCGACCCUCAAGUAUGGUGCCGCCAACGUCCAGGUACCGCCCCAGCUCGAGACGGUGGCCGAGUACGUGGCCAAUAUGAGCGGUUGGUCCAUCUUCUGGACCGUCUUCGCUCUUCUCGUCGUCUAUGACCAGGUUAUGUACAUCUACCGGAAGGGCAGCAUUGCCGGCCCCUCUUGGAAGAUGCCCUUCGUCGGGCCGUUCCUGCAGUCGGUCAACCCUAAGUUCGAGGAGUACUACGCGAAGUGGCUCAGCGGUCCUUUGAGCUGUGUCUCUGUCUUCCACAAGUUUGUCGUCAUUGCUUCGACCCGUGACAUGGCCCGUAAGGUCCUCAACUCGCCUUCAUAUGUCAAGCCAUGCGUCGUCGAUGUCGCUCACAAGCUGCUUGGCCCCGACAACUGGGUCUUCCUCGACGGCAAGGCUCAUCUCGAGUUCCGCCGCGGCCUUAAUGGCCUUUUCACCCGCCGUGCCCUUGAGAUCUACCUGCCCGGUCAGGAAGAGGUGUACAACCGCUACUUUAAGGAGUUUGUCGAGAUCACCAAGCGCAAUGCCGGAAAACCUGUUCCCUUUAUGACGAUGUUCCGCGAGAUCAUCACAGCUGUGUCGUGCCGCACCAUCGUCGGCCACUAUAUCUCGGACGAGGCCGUCAAGAAGAUCGCCGACGACUACUACCUCAUCACUGAGGCGCUCGAGCUGGUCAACUUCCCCAUCAUCAUCCCAUUCACCAAGACGUGGCGCGGCAAGAAGACAGCCGACAUGGUUCUGGCCGAGUUUGCCAAGUGCGCGGCCAAGAGCAAGGCCCGCAUGGAAGCCGGAGGCGAGCCCAACUGCAUCAUGGAUGCCUGGAUUCUCGACAUGAUCCGCAGCCGGAAAAUUCGCGAGGCCGAGCAGGAGGGCUUGUCGACCGAAGGCCUCGAGAAGCCGAACCACAUGAUCCGCUGGUUCACCAACUACGAGAUCGCCCAAACCGUCUUCACCUUUCUGUUCGCUUCCCAGGACGCCACCAGCAGCGCUACCACGUGGAUGUUCCAGAUUAUGGCCCAGCGUCCGGAUGUUCUGGAUCGUGUGCGUGAGGAGAAUUUCAAGGUUCGCAAUGGCGACAUCCACGCUGCUGUGACUCUCGACCAGCUUGAAUCCAUGGCCUACACCCGCGCCGUCGUCAGGGAGCUUCUGCGCUACCGCCCGCCUGUGCUCAUGAUCCCGUACAUGACGAAGCGCCCGUUCCCGAUCACCGAGUCGUACACUAUUCCGAAGGGUGCCAUGGUUGUUCCGACGACGUACAUGGCUCUCCGCGACCCCGAGGUGUACCCGAACCCAGAUGUCUUCGACCCCGAGCGGUACUACACGGGCGAUGCUGAGACCAAGGGAGCGAAGAACUACCUCGUCUUUGGCACCGGCCCGCACUACUGCCUAGGCCAGCACUAUGCGCAGCUCAACCUCGCCCUCAUGCUCGGCAAGGCGUCUCUGCUGCUCGACUGGAAGCAUCAUCCGACACUCAAGUCCGAGGAGAUUCAGGUGUUUGCUACCAUCUUCCCUAUGGACCACUGCCCACUGACGUUUGAGUGGCGGAAGUGGGAUUAA